AUGAGCGCGCGUUCAGCAGCGAGGUCCAAGCCACUGCCCAAAAGCUACACCGAACAGCAACUCGUUUUUCUUCGUAGCCAUCUUGCCGAAUAUGAACGCCGCUCACAUGGCCCAGUGAGAGGCGAUGCAAAGAAAUUCGCGCUUGAACGGGCCGCUGAGUUCAUUGUGCGUUUUGGACUCCCUGAAAACGUCGAUGUCAGUCAUGACACAGACGCUCGGUAUAAAGAGCAACUGUACUGUUGGUACAAAAACACCUCUGGGAGGAAUCGUCGCAAAGCAGAUGGCAAGCCAAAAUCGUCGGGUCGAAAAGAUACAACAGAGCAAGCACAAUGGGAGCAAUUCUCAGAGCCUUCUUCUUCGUCGUCGCCAACUAUCACGUUCACCGACACGACACCAGCGAAUAGCAGCAACGCCCGAGCUCACUACAACAACCCGAGCAGCACACUCGCCAACGCUCUUCAGCCAUCUCCAUCGCCUCCUCCCCCCGUAACUAUCAACUCUCUUCGGGAAGCUUUCCUCGCCAACGUCGAUUCAUCGCUACUUGCUGCUCAAAUUCAGUCAUUCGUGAUCACCAACCCUUCCCAGCUUCCACUCGCACCAGUCCUUUCCGCACUUUUUCAAGCUAUCACUGUUGAUCAUGGCACACUCCCAAACGUUUAUCUGAACCGCUUCCUUUCAGCGACCAAGUAUUUCUCGGCUGCUAUUAGUCACGCUGGGGCUAUCGGUCCAAUGGCUGGUGUGCGAGCGUUGCACAUGCAGAUUCGCAAGGCCGCAAAAUGGUCUCCGACUUCCGCCGCCGUCCCUUCUUCAACUUCAACAUCGAUGUCUGCAGAAUUGCAACGCAUCACACUUGAUCGGGCACGACGGAAAGAGUACAUUUUGUGGGCCCGUAUCCACGCUGGCGCUUUGGAUAUUGGUGCUUUCACGUUUGGCUACGAGCUUCAGCAGCAACAACAGUCAUCAUUAUCAUCUCAUAUUCAAGUACCUCCAGACGUGUUCAAUGAAUCUCGCGUCUUUAGCGAGAUUUUUGCGGCUGAUACAGUCUGGGAAGAAGACGAAGUUGAAUGGGUUGCUGGGGCACUAGUCCUGCAAGCACUUAUCCGGUCGUACCUUAAUCAUCUUCGCACCCUCCAUGUGCAACAUAUGCGCACCGACAAACGCCGCAAAUACGAGGAGCUUCUAGCCCGCUAUGAAGAACGUUGGAAGGAAAUGAAGGAUGAGACGAGACAAGCAAUUGUUACUGAGGCUCUACUGGCGGCAAAGGCAGAUCUAGCACGCUUUGGUCCCUAA